AUGGCCGUCGACCCAUCUACAUUUCCCACCUAUACCACUGGUGGACUCAUACGCCAGAACCUGAGCGACGACACCAACGUCCAGAAGCGCUGGACUUGCAGUGGAUCCGCAACGUUAACCUGGGGUGAUGCUGACAACGGUGGCAAGGGUGUAACCAUCCACAAUGCCGAUACUGACUGGCGCGGCUUCUACAUUUACCACAACAGUUGUGACAACGUGCCGUACAAAUACAUCUGGAUCAAUGCCGGCGAGACACAAUUCGUGUCGUUGCCCGAUAUGUUCGAAGGUCGCAUCGUCCGUGGUGUUGACAAGUACAUGCUGAACGGACAGCCUCAACUGCUUGCCACUUGGUUCGAGAUCACUAUUGAUGCGAGCGGCGUGAUGUGGACUGACGUCAGCGUGAUCCGGGGCUGCGAUGGUGCUGUGCUUCUAUGGGGUCUCGACGCCGCCAAGGGUUGGAGCGGCUUUACUCAGUACAUCCUUGACGGUGCGCCAACGGGUUCUUACGAUAUGAAGAACGAUGGCCAGUGGGUGCUGAAGUAUACAGAGAACAGCGACGGCAGCAUCAACACCGUUGUUCGCGACUGGUACAUCUCCCAAGUCGGCGCCAACUAUAUUUUCGUUGAUGACGACCACUACAAGCCUGUUAUCAGUUCGCAGAACGGUAGAUUCGGAACUUACUGGCCAGCUGGUCGUCCUUAA